AUGGUAGGGCAAGGUGCUGCCAGGCGUGCUAACGCCAAGCGAUCGAAGGCCAAGCGCGACAGGAAGAACGCGCAGCAGCAGCACGGAGCAGUUGACUCCACGCUCCCGGUUCCAAUCAUCACAGAGGACGAUCUCCUAGCCUUCCAAAUCUCUCACUUCGGCGAUGACACCAAGCCAGACGUGUGGUUCGUGGACGCCGAGACUGCGGUGAACCUCGAUCCGGCGUUCGAGGAUGACGGGCUCGGAUACUACGAGGAUGGAGUGAAGCGUACACUCACCGACGAGCAGAUUGAGAUGUUCAGACACAGUGAGAUGGAGGCGCUGGCAAGAGAAGAGCGAAUACGAAAAGCCAACGACGAAGAGCGUGCCGAUGCAUUGAACGAGAUUGUCACUGGAGCGAAUCUGGAAGGAAGACGGGGUUCGCUGGCCUCCAAUAACUCCAGCGUGGAAGAUGAUCUGCUCGACCUCGCACAAGCUCCUUCGCCAACUCCGCCACUAUCAAUCAUCGAAAGACAGCGAUCGCAGAGCAGCCGCAGCCGCAGCGAGACUUCUUCAUCGCAGCGAGGAAAGGAACGAAGGAAGCAAGAAAUUCCAUACAAGGAUCGCCACAAGCGCAAGUGGGAGGGCUACAUUGGGGACACCGAUCCGGUCGAAGGAUCGCGGACGCAUCGCCGUAUUGCCCGCGAGAUGGACGAGCAACAGGAGGCAAAUGUCGACCUGGACUAUUGA